AAGAUUUUGUGUUAAAAUUCGGUUAUCUCAAAAAGCUCGUGAGAAAUAUACAAAUUUCAAAUACGAAGAUAUAAUAAGUGUAAAAAUGACAUCGAUUGAUUCCAGCAAAAUAGCUGAUGUUGAAGUUAAAAAUGAGAAUGAUAUAUCAACAUCAGAAGUAAUGCAGACAAAUAAUGAUCGAAAUCUAAAUAUCUCAACUGUUGCAAAAGUUGAUGAGGAAACUGUGAUUUCUUCAGAAAUAUCCACUAGCAAUAAAGCAUUAUACUCUUUCUGCAAAGAAAAAAGUAUAGUGAAUGCUCUAACUCUUGGAGAAGUGGGUACUCUGGAAAUUCAGACAGAAAUAAAGAAUAAUGCAUAUGGUAUUACAUUAUUACCUAAUAGAGCAGAACUUGACUAUGAAAAAUUAGUAAUCGAUUUGCCUAGAAUGUGCUCGCAAAUGGCAAAAUGUUCAACUCAUAGUUUUAGACCAAAUGUAGGAGAUUUAAUAUGUGGUCGAAGAGCUGAUGGAGAUUGGCUUAGGGGAUAUGUUGUAUCUAACCAACCAUCCAUAAGAAUGGCUAUGAUAGAGGAAGCUAAAAUAGUGCCAAUUAAUAAGAUUGCUACAUGCGAUAAACUCUUUUCAGAUAUUUAUGCAUUUGGUGCAAUUUGUGAAGUGACUGAUGCUAAACAUAAAUUUGAAGAAGGUGACAUGUGUGAAUUUGAAGUAACAGGCCAAACACAUAAUAAGGAACAAGGCGGAUUUGAAAUAUUAAUUCUUAAAAAAGAGAUGAAUGUCUAUCUGAAGAUAGAAGCUACCGUAAAGCCUUGGAUACCAAUGCCUGAACAAAUAGGGUUACAGUAUGCUGAAUUGAAAAAUGAAUCUGAAGUAUGCCUUACUUCUUAUCGAAGUCAUAUACAUCUAUUUGUUCGUCCCUUAGAUACUGCAGGUUUGGAACACUAUAACCAUGUUAUGCAAAAUGUUGCAAAAUGUGCUCAAACAUCUUCAUUUUUAAAAGAACUGCCAGUUGUGGGGCAAAUGGUAAUAGCUCAGUUUGCUGACGAAAAUUAUUAUCGUGCAAUUGUUAUUAAGAUACAAGAUGAUAAAAUUACAGUUUUGUAUGUUGAUUUUGGUAAUACAGAAGUUACAGAUAUAAAGAAACUUAAGAUUUUAUCUGAUAAUUUGAAAGAGCUCCGAUCUUGUACAACAAAAGUCGUACUAAAAGAUGUUCCUAAAAAUGUCCGUGUGACGAAAGAAGUGAAUGAUUAUCUAGCUCAAAUAGUAGGAACUAAAGUUCCUCUGUUAUGUACAUUUGAAGGUAUGCCUUCCAAAGAUGGUGUUUAUCUGAAAUUUCGUGAUGGAAAAAGCAUUAAUAAAAAGAUAAGUAAAUUACUCGAGCCGAUAUCUAAGAAAGCUGCUGAAUGAAUAGAAAAAUGAAUCUCAGUAUUAGUUGCUCCCAAUAGUUGCAUUAAAAUAAAAAUUAUUGGCCGCAUGCUCGAAAUUGCAAUGUAUAAUGUGGAAUUACUAUUGGACAAAGCCAAAUUAAUUGAAGAUGGUUUAAUAUCAGCU